UUAGUUCACGUGUCAAAGUUUUGUGUGAGAGUAGCUGUCUAAAACGGUGUUGUGUGAAGGUGUUGGUCCUCCUCUGAAAUAAAAUACUAGUAAAUUCGAAUUUUCAUUUAGUUGUGAGCCAGACAGCGGUAAAAAAAUAAGAAAUGAAAGUGUUAGAAAUGUGAUAUGCAUACUGAAGGUUGCUGCAAAUGUUGCUGCUUUACUCUGCUGGUGAUAAUCAUCAUCGUUGCUAUUAGCUCGGGCCUCCUUACAGCCUUCUUCCCAUAUCCGAGCCAUGCAUCUUGCCGCGUAGAUUGGAUAUUUGGCAAGCCCUGCUCUGAUGUAAAAUCUACACUUAUUAGUCAGAUGAAAGCCUGGAGUCAUGAUGACUGUUCUCUCAAGCAACAGUGUAACUAUGAGUACUUGGGUGAGGAGGGAAGUACCAUCCGUGGCCUUCACGUAACACCCUGGAUAUCUUUUGUUGACAAAAUAAAUUUCACAUUCAAUGCUGCUUCUGGUGGUAACUGUUAUGUGCAGGCAGCUAGUGAGUCUGCUGCUGCAUAUGCCGUCAUUGACUUUGGAGUAAACUACUGCAAUCUUCGGAAUUUAGUGAUUGGAUCCAAACUGGACGAGAAUGAUAGUUCCUAUAAGGAAAAUUCUACCAAUGCAGUCUGCACAAUGUACUCCAUUGCACAUUGUAAUUUAUAUACAUAGGACACUCUCAUCAUUUAUAUGUGAAAAGAUCUAGUUCAUGGUUAAUGAUAUGGGGUGUAGAAAAUAUAUCAAUUUAAGUCAGUGUUUUGUAAAUUAGGACUACUCAGUAUUAUUUGAUGUUAACAUUUUUAAAUAGUGCAGUACUGGAAUAAAGGAAUUUUAAUGAACAAAGGACUAAACCAUAGGUAUCAAACUUACCUAUCAAUUAAGCUGUGCACUCUCAUGGUGUCCUUAGUAGCUGUCACAGUUAAUAGAAGUUGAUUGACUGUUGUUUGCUAAUGGUCUUCCUAACGUAUUGUCGAGUUCACCACUGU